CGGACGUAAUCCUGACGACGAGCCGACUUUGGGUGGCACAUGCGCACAACUUGAAUGCCGCUUACUGAAUCGUGUACUGCAUCUACUUUUUUUGUGUUUUACAUUAUUAUUAUUUUUUAUUUAUUUAAUCGUUUGCACGUGACACCUGUAACUGCAUCCUGAUUCUUGUAAGGUCACGCAAUCCAUGACGGCGUUGUUGCGCCAUGAAUGCCGUGUCAUUGAAAGAGGCACUGCUGCUGACCAGCUUGGUUGUGGUGUGCUACUGGAACAGCCUCUCAUGUGGCUUCGUGUUUGACGACGUCUCGGCCAUCCUCGACAACAAGGACCUACGGCCCACCACGCCGUUGAGGAGCCUCUUCCUCAACGACUUCUGGGGUACGCCCAUGGCUGAGGAGCGCAGCCACAAGUCCUAUCGGCCGCUGACGGUGCUCACCUUUCGCCUCAACUACCUGCUAAGCGAGCUGAGCCCGGCCUCCUACCAUCUCCUCAAUGUGGCCCUACAUGCCGUUGCCUGCUUGCUUUUCCUGCGCGUGUGCCGCCUUUUCCUAGACCGUACCUCUGGCCUGGUGGCGGCGCUGCUCUUCGCCGUCCACCCCAUCCACACGGAAGCCGUGACUGGUGUGGUCGGCAGAGCUGAACUCCUGUCAUCAAUCUUCCUCCUGGCUGCAUUCCUGGCCUAUACCAAAUCAACAGGCGCUGACCACUCCAUAGUGUGGGCUCCCAUUGCUGUGACUGUCGUACUGGUGGCGGCAGCGACGUUGUGCAAAGAGCAAGGAAUCACUGUGGUUGGUGUCUGCUGCGUCUAUGAGGUGUUUGUGGCGCAAGGGUUCACCUUACCCAUGUUGCUGGACACGCUGCGGCAGGCUUUGCGGGGCAAGGGCGCCUUCCCGUACGCUGUCCUCCAGAUGCUGCUGAAGCUCAUCGUGCUGGUCAUCAGCACGCUGCUACUCGUCAUCGUGCGCGUCCAGGUCAUCCAGUCGCAGCUGCCCGUCUUCACCAGAUUCGACAACCCGGCGGCUGUCAGCCCGACGCCAACCCGCCAGCUGACCUUCAACUACCUGCUGCCUGUCAACGCCUGGCUGCUGCUCAACCCGUCAGAGUUGUGCUGUGACUGGACCAUGGGCACCAUCCCCUUGGUGGAGUCUGCCCUGGACCAGCGCAACUUGGCCACGCUACUCUUCUACGUCCUUCUGGGCCUGCUGGCGUACCACAGCAUUACCUGCUCACGCAGCUCCUCCAAGACGGUAGUCAUGGCCUUGUCUCUGAUCGUCCUGCCCUUCAUUCCCGCGUCCAACCUGUUCUUCCCGGUGGGGUUCGUUGUGGCUGAGCGGGUCCUGUACGUACCCAGCAUGGGAUUUUGCGUGCUGGUCGCGCACGGAUUCAAGGUGGUCUCGCACAAAGGGUACCUGAGGAAGAUUUCCUGGCUGAUGAUUGCCGUGCUGCUGACCACACACGCCAUCAAGACCUUCAACAGGAAUUGGGACUGGGAGUCAGAAUAUACGUUGUUCAUGUCUGCUCUGAAGGUAAACAAGAACAACGCCAAGCUGUGGAACAAUGUGGGCCAUGCGCUGGAAAACCAGAACAAUUACGCCAGAGCGCUGCAGUAUUUUCUGCAGGCCACCUCUGUGCAGCCAGAUGAUAUCGGCGCCCACAUGAAUGUUGGGAGAACCUACAAGAACAUGAACAAAUCCAAAGAGGCCGAAGAUGCCUAUUUAGUUGCAAAGUCCCUUAUGCCACAGAUUAUUCCCGGUAAAAAGUAUGCUACGCGCGUAGCCCCCAACCAUCUCAACGUGUACAUCAAUUUAGCCAAUCUAAUCCGCGCCAAUGAGUCCCGGCUGGAGGAAGCUGACCAGCUUUAUCGACAAGCCAUCAGCAUGAGGCCUGACUUCAAGCAGGCGUACAUCAGCAGAGGGGAGCUGCUGUUGAAAAUGAACAAGCUGACUGAGGCACGCGACGCUUACCUGCGCGCCCUGGAGCUAGACCGCGCCAAUGCCGACCUGUGGUACAACCUGGCCAUUGUACACAUCGAGAUGAAGGAGCCGUCAGAGGCACUGCGCAACUUUGAGCAGGCGCUGCAGCUCAGUCCGCGUCACAAACUGGCGCUUUUUAACUCAGCCCUCCUCAUGCAGGAGUCAGGUGAGCCCAAGUUCUGGCCCGAGGCCAACCGCCGCUUCCUGGCCUACGUGGAGGAGGAGCCGGAUGACGCAAACGGCUACUUCAACCUUGGCAUGCUGGCCAUGGACGCGGAGGAUAACGCGGUGGCCGAGCGCUGGAUGCACAAGGCCAUCGCGCUACAGUCGGGCUUCCGCUCGGCGCUUUUCAAUCUGGCACUGCUCUACUCGCAGUCGCGCCGCGAGCUUGACGCGUUGCCCGUGCUGGACGAGCUGCUGCGCCACCACCCGGAGCACAUCAAGGGCCUCAUCCUCAAGGGCGAUAUCCUCAUGAAUCACAAAAAGGACACAGCUGGCGCCAAGAGCUGCUUCCAGCGCAUUCUGCAGAUGGACCCGGGCAACGUGCAGGGCAAGCACAACCUGUGCGUGGUCUACUUCGAGGAGCGGGACCUGCCCCGGGCCGAGCGAUGCCUGGAAGAGACGCUGGCGCUGGCACCGCAUGAGGAGUAUGUGCGACGCCAUCUUAACAUUGUCAGGGGUAAGAUGGCGGCCAUGAGCGCGGCCGGGCAGUCUCUAGUGGAGGAGGAGAAGCCGGCAACCGGGGAGGAGGAAAGGCGGAGUCCCCGCGGCAAGAAGAAUGCGAGGAAAUCCUCCGCUGAAACCGACCGAUCGGAGCUGGAUGCCGGCCAGCCCGACAGACGGACUGCGGCCAAGUCCGUCGACCACGAGAGUGAUAUCGAGCAGAAGCGCGCCGCUGCCUUGAAGAGGCUGGAGGAGAUUGAGCGCAUUUUAAGCGGUGAUUGACCACAAUCUCUUUUUUUCGCUUUUUUUUUUUUCUUCUUUAGAGCCGCGACUAUUUUUCACAGAACUUUUUCUAUAAGACUUUUUUUCUCCUAAUUAUUCCCCUUUUUUAUUUUUCAGAUACAGUAAAAUCCCGUUAGUCGCGGGAGAAAGGGACUGAGUCCUGCCGUGAAAAGCGAAAACUGCAAGUAAUUGACAUCCCUGUCCCCAAAUCAUGACAAGUGCAUAUAUUAAUCGUUUUAACCAUAAAUAUGCCACAAGCUAUGAUGCCACAAGACUUAAAAUACCAUUUUAAACUCAUCUUUUGAAACUCACAUUACCCUUAAUAAUAAAUGAUUUAAAAAAAUUGCAACAGAAGUGCAUGUGUCCAUGCACAUGCGGUGAAGACUCUUCGUUACUUUCGACAUAGGCUAAACUUAGCUCCUUCCUGAUAUAUAUCCUAGUUUCUCAGUCAAGAUCUUAUCACUUGAACAUACUUCCUUUACACCAACUACUACUUUCCUAUCAGUCAAGACUUGGGAGCCUUGUGACAUGUUCGAGUGCAAAAUGAUGAGUUUUCAGCAAUGAGCUGUUGAUGGGUUCCACAGAAAAAAAUGGGAAUAGGUCAAUUUGUGAGUAGCCAACUGCAAAUAGAGAAGGGUUCAAUUGAAUCAAAAAGGAAAACUUGAACCAUGUCAAGUAAAAGCACAGAUUGAUGCUUUUGCAUCUAUUUGAGGGCCAUUUUGUGAGGAAAUGCAUGGAAUGUGUGCACACAACUACUAAAGCUGGGGUGCAGCUCUUACUUCCAUACAUAUAGCCCAUAGGUGGCACCUGUAGCUCUCGUCAAGGUGGGACCUUCGUCACACAUGACCUUGGUGCUGACUUUAUUACUUUUGUUUCAUUGCAAGUCAUUAAACUUCACUGCCAUGCUUCGCCCACAUGCAGAGAUGAAACAUUUUUUGUCCAUCUCUUUAGUAUGUGGUUCAAAUUAAGUAGCAGACAAAACCUCUUGGACAAGUUCCCUUGGAAAUGGCCUCUUCAAACCACAAUGACAAGCGUCCUGCAUGUUUUCGGGUAUUGUGUUGAGGCUUUUUGGUGGUCCUAUUAAUUUAAUGAUAGACACGCCUACCAAAUGUCAUAUUGCUAAAUGGAAUUGGUUUUGUGGUUUGAAUUUUCAAAAACGUCUGGAGUACACUACUGAACCAACAGUGAAUCUUGAAACUUUGCUGCCAUGCUCCACCCACAAGCAAUGUUGAAAACUCACUCUUUACAACUUGGCAUUGUCCAGCUGUCUAGUAUAAAUUUGGCAGCUAUCAACCUAAACCUCUCGGGCAAAUUUGUUUGUGAAGGACCACAAAAACAUUAUUGAAAACAAUCUAAAAAGGCUGCUUCAAAACCAAAAUGCAAAAAAAAUAGUCUUUUUGGGCAUGGCCUCUUGAGUCCUUUCUGUGUUCGUGCUCAGUUAAACUUGCUUUUGGGGGGAGGGGGUGGGGGGAAUUUUCCAAACGUUCUGGGAUCGCUCCUUGAAAUGGACAAAUUUGCUCCUUGCUGCAACAUGUUUGCGUAAAGGUGUCAGCGUUAGGUGGUAAAGAAGAAGCACAAGUUGGUCGUUAACCACUAGAUGUUGUUUUGUAGCCGUGUGACCCACUUUCUCCACACGCACACACAGGCACACACUAAGUGGGAGCACAAUUACAGGAAGUGACCACGAGGAUGAUGACGAUGAAGGCCUCCCCCUGAAUUGGAGCAAAACAUCCUCCGUCUUAUCACUCCCCGCUAAUCUGUAUUGAUCUCCUCCCGCCCCGUUUCCUGCCUUCCCGUCGUUGCCAUUACCGCUAUUGUUGCUGCCCGUGCUAGGCUAACACGCUAAUGUGACGGCCAUGUCACCCACCUCCCCCACACCCUACAGUGCAAUUAAUUGUAAAAUAAACAAAUACAAAUGUAUAUGCGACACUGCUGGUUAAUUAACAGCCCUAAAAGUGUUCCAAGAUUGUAUAUCCAUUUAUUUAUUUUUGUUUUUGUAUGCAAACUGUGACUACACUCGUUAUCCCCCCACUCCGACCCCUGCUUUCACUUGUGCAAAAUGACUGUCCGUGUUAAAACAGAAGGGACAUUUUUUUCCCCAUUGUUUUAUGUCUGCAGAGUGACUCAAUUUUAUUUCUUAUUUUUCAUGUUUUAUUUUUGUGGUGGAGGUGUUGGUAGUGGUUAAAUAAAAUGGGAUGACAACUCGA